GUAAUAGUUGAACAGCCUUUAUAAAAGAAAAGAGCCACAAUUCUUAUCAUUAACGUUUUCCCUGACAACAUUUUUGUCAUACCGUGAGACAGUCGAAUUUUGAAUCGAAAGGGUUCCUUUAUAUUUUGUUUUUUGUCAUGGCGCUACAGCGGACUGCACAUGAUGCAUGCUCUCGGAAGGUGCAUUGUGUUGAAAAAAAAUACCUGGACGACCCUUUUGUUCACUUUUUUGCCAAAGACUCCACUAUCGUUAAUAGCCCUCUCAUGAACAGAGGAACAUGGCUUCGCACCACGGCUAUUGAGAGAUGCGUGAGGAAUUUCUCAAAGAGCGUAAACGGCAAUCCGAUCCAAAUUAUCAGUUUCGGUGCGGGUGUGGAUACCCUCUACUUUCGUCUGAAGAGUCAGGGUGACGUCAAGAUGUCAGCUUAUCUCGAGCUUGACUUUGAGGAUCUUGUUGCCGAAAAGCUGAGCAUUAUUGAACGAACCCCGCUUCUUAGAAAUUGUGUAGAUUCCCAUUACCACCUUUUGAACUGCGAUCUAAGGAAGCCUAACGAUGUAGUGAGUUUAUUGAGUAAACACGUCAAGCCCGAUAUUCCAACAAUUCUCCUGGGUGAGAUGGUUUUCAUUUACAUCGAGGCCGCGAUCGCGACGGAUCUUUUGCAGCAAACUCUUCAUCACGUAUUAGGCGCGGAAACCCCCGUCGAGUUGAUCACGUACGAUGCGAUGCAGCCGAACGAUCGGUUUGGUCGGAUGAUGAUUGAGAAUUUGUCUAGCAAUGGGAUCUACCUGAAGAGUAUUGCGGACUUCCCCACCCCCGCGCAUCACGAAAAGCGGUGGAGAGAAAUUGGGUUCAAAUCCGUCAAGGCAAUGUCGAUGCGGCAGCUCUACCUAACCGUUCCGAAGGACCUCAUGACAUGGCUGAACAGGCUGGAGAUGGUGGACGACUGGGAUGAAUGGAAUUUGGUACAUGAUCACUAUUGCUUUGUAGUUGCCCAUACAAAGGAAGAUGCCGAGCUCAAAAUAUUUACGUGA